AUGGGAAAUAGUGAUAAUAGAUUUCAUAACACACCUACCAUGAAUAAGAACAAUUCAAUAAUAGAAGUAGUAGACAAAUUAAGCAAAAAUACUCAUUUCAUAUCUAUUAGAAGCUCUGCAACAGAAGCAGAAGUCACCCAAGUCUUUUUCAAAGAAAUUUUCAAAUAUCAUAGCCUAUCCUAUCUAAUAAUUUCUGAUAAAGACCCAAAAUUCACUAGUAAAUUCUGGAAAAGCUUUUUCAAAAUAAUAGAAACAAAGUUAGAAAUGUUGACUUUAGCAUACCUACAAACUGAUAGACAAACAGAACGUACAAACAGAAUCCUUGAAGAAGUCCUGCAUGCUUAUGUUAAUUAUAAACAAGACAACUGGGUUGACAUCCUACUUGCUACAGAAUUCUCCUACAAUAAUUUGUUACAAGAAUCCACAGGAUACACACCAUUCCAAUUAGAUAAUGGAUACCACUCAAGAACAUCGUUAAGUUUGAUAAACAAAAAGAUAAACCCAAUGAACAUAAAAGCUACACAAGAAUUGCUUGAACAUUAG